UUCACCAUCAGAGAAAACGCAGGAGUUACACCUACAGUGGAAAGAAUAUUGGAUAACUGGAAAACUGGAAAACUGCAACUCAACCUGCUGCUGAUUUCACGUUUGAAAAGGAGUUUUAAAAGAGCGACAGCAAAGUGAAAGUAACUUUUAAGGAACUUCCGCAGUUGAGCGGUUUGCAUUGUUCUGCCUGCUGUGUUUCCUGCUUCACCCAGCGACAAAAUGUCUUCUAAAUUAGUAAAGGAUCUCUCCUGUCCUGUCUGCCAUGAUAUCUUCAAAGAACCGGUUGUUCUGUCGUGCAGCCACAGCUUCUGUAACGACUGUCUGCAGAGAUGGUGGACAGAGAAACUGAUUCACGAGUGUCCGCUUUGUAAGGAAAUAUCUUUUCUGAAUGAUCCGCCUCGUAACUUGGUGUUAAAGAAUCUGUGUGAGGCCUUUUUACUGGAAAUAGAUCAGAGAGCUGAGGCUGAGCCUCUCUGCAGUCUGCACUCUGAAAAACUCAGACUCUUCUGUCUGGACCAUCAGCAGCCAGUGUGUGUCAUCUGUCGAGACUCAAAAACACACAACAACCACAGAUUCAGACCCAUUGAUGAAGCUGCACAGGAUCACAGAGAGGAGCUCCAAAUAACUUUGAAGCCUUUACAAGAGAAACUGAAGCUGUUUGAACAAGUUAAAGGAAACUUUGAUCAAACAGCAGAACACAUUAAGGUCCAGGCCCAACACACAGAGAGGCAGAUUAAGGACCAGUUUAAGAAGUUUCACCAGUUUCUUCAAGAGGAAGAGGAGGCCAGGAUCACUGCUCUGAGGGAGGAAGAGGAGCAGAAGAGUCAGGUGAUGAAGGAGAAGAUGGAGGCUCUGAGCAGAGAGAUAGCAGCUCUGUCACACACAGUCAGAGCCACAGAGGACGAGCUGAGAGCUAAAGACGUCUCAUUCCUGAGGAACUACAAGGCUGCAGUAGAAAGAGUCCAGCAGCACCCCCUGCUGAAUGAUCCGCAGCUGGACUCAGGAGCUCUGAUAGACGUGGCCAAACAUCUGGGCAACCUGACCUUCAACAUCUGGAAAAAGAUGAAGGAGAUGGUCUCCUACAGUCCUGUGAUUUUGGAUCCCAACACUGCUGAACCACAUCUCAUCCUGUCUGAGGAUCUGACCAGCGUGAGACGUGGAGAGAAACAGAAGCUUCCUGUAAACCCAGAGAGGCUUGAUUACCACCACUGUGUCCUGAGCUCAGAGGGCUUUAACUCAGGGACUCAUAGCUGGGAUGCUGAGGUCAUAAAUGAUGAAUUCUGGGCCCUCGGUGUGGUGCGGGAGUCAGUCCAGAGAAAGGGACAAAUACCGACUGGAUAUUGGGAAAUAUGUCUCCUCAAUGGCAAAUACACAGCAGCCUCACCACCACUUCCAGAUAAAGCUCUCUCAGUGAAGAAUAAGCUCCAGAGGAUCAGAGUUCAUCUGGACUUUGACAGAGGGAAGUUGUCGUUCUAUGAUCUUGAUACUAACACACACAUUCACACCUUCAAACACACUUUCACUGACAGGCUGAUCCCAUACAUUGGCAAUCACAAUAAACUUCCACUGAAGAUAUUACCACUGUCAGUCUCUGUGACAGUGGAACAGUGCACAUUCCCUUUAUAAACUGGGCUGUGGCCUUUUACAUUAGCUAAGCAUGCUGUGUGCCGUUAUUUUCAGAUUAAGUAAGGCUACUCUUUGAAACAAAGAAAUCUUUUAUGCAGUUUGAAAGCUUUUUGUCUGUCGACAGUUUUUCAACACAGGGCAAAUAUGUGUAUAUGGAUGAAUAGAGGAGUGUGUGAGUGUGUCAGAUUUAAGAACCAUGUCAGUGAGACUUUCUGCGGGGCAAAAAUGUACUGAUACUGAAAAAAGAUUUUUGUUACUUUUAUUGAUUUUUCUUUUUAUAUCUAAGAAGAUGGUGAUGAUGAUACUUGGAGACAGCAUAACAGCAUGAUUAUAACAAUCUUCUUCCUCACAGUAAUAGUAAGAAGAUAAGGUAACAGAUGUAUCAUGUACAUUAUGUAUGCAUAUGGUAGAGCUUGUGUUGAUGCUGAAUAUCUGCUGCUCAUAUUGCAAACAUCGCCCUGCUGAUUUAUUG